AUGAUGUUGUCCUAUCUCUGGAGGCUGACCCACCUUCUUCUCAGGAAGACCUUCUUUGAUCAUUUCUGCGCUGGGGAAACGAGCCAGGAGAUUGUCCCUCGAAUGCACGAGCUUCGCAGAUACAAUGUUGGAGGAAUCUUAGAUUACGCCGCAGAGGCCAAGGAUGGCGAGCUUCCAGAAAUCGUGAAGCCUACAGAAGAGGUCAGCGAGGAGGAGAUUGUCGGCGCGCCAAUGAGCAGCCGCAGCUAUGAUUACAAAAACGAGGCCAUUUGUGAUGCCAACGCCAAGAUCUUUCGAACGGCUGUUCGUGCAGUUAAAGAUGCGACACCAGAUGGCUUUGCCGCAAUCAAGCUGUCAGGCUUGGGGAACCCGCACUUGCUGGAGCGGAUGUCCAGCUGUCUUGGUGAGAUAUGUCGAUUGUACAAGAGGUUAUCGAACGACGAGGUUUCGACAGAGCCGUUUUAUGCAAUAGAUCGGUCUUUCAAGAUAGAUUUCGAGACCUUCAAGACCGGCUGGUUAAAGAUGUUUGAAGGCAAGAGCGAGGCCGAGCUGAAGUCCAUGUUUCAGGCUAUGGACACUGACGAAGACGGGUUGAUCACUUACUUGGAGUGGUCUUCCAGCGUGAAGCUUUCGGAGAUCAACGAGCUGGUGAGAGGGUGCAAGCACCGAGGACGGAUGUACCAUGCUGCGCUCAAUGCAGAAGAGUUGCAGUUGUACCGAAACAUGUUGCAACGAGUGCAAGGAAUCCUGGAUCUGGCUCAGGAGCUCGGCGUUCGAGUAAUGAUUGACGCGGAAUGGACCGACAUCCAGCCUGCAAUCGACCACAUCACCAUUUUUAUGCAGCGGAUUUACAACACGGGCGAUCUACCUAUUGUUUUCAACACAUACCAGACUUACCUGAAGGGCAUGCCCACCAGAGUACAGCGAGACCUGCAAAGAUCUAGGCGAGAAGGAUGGCGCUUUGGUGCCAAGCUUGUCCGUGGCGCGUACAUGGUGUCCGAACGCGAGAAGGCACUGAAGCGAGAGCUCGAGUCUCCAGUGUGUGAGACCUAUGAGGAAACAGAAGAUAACUUCCACAGGGCCAUUGAUUUGAUCUUGGACCACAAGGAGGAGGUUGGCAAGGGCGCAGGGGGUGCGGCAGCAGAGGUGCUUGUGGCUUCGCACAACCGCGGUUCCAUUGAGCGGACAAUCCGUAAGAUGGCAGAGCUGGGCGUGAGCCAGGACUCGACUGGUGCUUCUGCCGUUUCCAAAAUCAUGGUGAUUCGCAUGGCGUCUUUCGGCUCAGAGUCCCGAUAUGUAGUGCAAUCCACGCCAGCAUGGAACUACUUGAAGCCCCACAGACCGGCAAUGCCGAGCCACAGGCUGAAGAUGAGAUUAUGCACAGCAUUGUGCAGCGAUGCGUUGUCAUGGCGUGAUCUUUUCAAACAUGACCAGAUCAAGUUGUUCGGGGUCUCCGCUGCGAACGGUCGUUGGAAAGAUUCGGAGCAUCAUGGCUGCUUCCUGACUGGGCGCUUCUCGCUGUUCGUGCUUGCGCAUCUUGGAUGGCGAUUCCUCAUCUACUUAACGCGAUGGAGCUUCCUCCUAGAGACAAUUUACAUUUUGCUGGCCGUUUACGUCACCGUGCAGGCGCGAACAGCCUCUAAGAGGCAAUCGACCGGCGAUGACGGCAGCUCCUUGCAUGAGCUCUACAGACUUCCAAGAUCAGUGCAGGCCAUGGCACUGCUCUGGAAUCUCACUUUUCCUGUCUCAAUUCUGGUGUGCCUCGCAUUCUGGACGCUCAUCAACCCUGUGUGGGACAUGAAGAUUCAUCCCGGUUAUGUGGUGGUAUUCGAGCACUUUUUGAACAUGCUGCUUUUUAUGGUUGAGUUCCUGCUGAACAAGAACGUCUUUGUUUUGAAGCAUGGGGUCGUCCUUUUUGCGUAUGCGCUUCUGUACACUACAUGGACCCUGAUCCACUACGCUGCCAAGAUUGGCGUUGCUCCAUCCAUGGCAUGCCACGAUUAUCCGUUAGAUGAGUGCCCUAUUUACGCAGUGCUCGACUGGCAUCAUCCCUGGAGGACAGUCAUCGUUAUAGCGUUUGUCAUAUUCGCAAGCUUUCUCAUCCAGCUGGCUGUGUGGAAGUGUACUCGCUUGCGGGAUCGUCGAUUUGCGCACGACCCUGCAAGAACCGUUGUGGGACCAGUUAACGUGAUCUGA